AAAAAUUAAUUAAAAUUAAAUAAGAAUAACAAAUUUACUUAAAAUUAUGGCGAGUACUAGGGUUAGGGCGAGAGGCGACGCGUCUUGGGGCAGUGGCAGCGGCAGCAGGCGGCAAGGGUACAACCGGAGGUUUGCGGAGUAUGGGUACUGGCGAAAGGGACAGGUGGAAUCGUUCUUCUUCUACAAUUUUCCAGAGAGUUGGGAUGCAAAGGCUCUGUGGCAUCAUUUUCAGGAGUAUGGAAAGGUGGCUGAUGUGUUUGUGCCAGGGAAGAGGGAUAGAAGGGGGAAACGGUUUGGCUUCGUUAGGAUGGAAGGGGUGCAAGAUGUGAAACAAGUGGAGGAGAAGCUGAAUAGGAUAUGGAUUGGAUCGUAUAAGCUAAGGGUUAGAUUAGCGGUAGAUAGGGGGCAGCAUCGGCUGAGUAUUCAGAGGAAGACAGGAGUGCAGGUAAAUAUUAGAGAACAAAGAUAUGUACAACCGGGGAAGUCCUUUGUUCAGGCAGUUCUGGGUCAUUCUUCGAAGGCAGGGGAUGAUCAGGCUCAGAUUAAGACAGCUGACGGGCCGCCGGAAGGGGAAGCAGUGGAUAGAGUUUCUAGCAAUCAGAUGAUGCCGGAAAUCCCUGCGGUGAGUGGUGCAGCAGUUAAGACGGGAAAUGUAAGGGUGGAGAGUAUGAGGGAGGAGAUCAUUGAAUUUUCUCCAGUACAUGAGGAAAAGCAGUGGCUGGAGGGGAGUAUGGUGGCAGUGGUAAGAUCAAUGUCACUGAUCUCUAAUAUUCAAGAUAGAAUAGAUGUGGAUGGAGGUUUGAUCAAUAUCUCACCUCUGGGUGGACGGAGUUUAUUGCUCACUGAGCGUUCGAAGGGAGUUUUGGGUGAGUAUCUACAACAACAUAAGGAUUUAUUUGAUCUUUGGUGUGAGGAUAUUAAUCCCUGGGCAAUGGCUACACAGCAGAGUGCUCGUAUGGUUUGGCUACGAGUUUCGGGAGUUCCGUUGAAAGCAUGGUGUGACCGAUGUUUUCAGACGAUAGGAGGUUCUGUAGGGGAAGUGGUGAUGGUUCACCAAGAUACAAAAUCGAAGUCUAUUUUGUGUGAUGGACGAGUACUGAUUUUAAGUUCUGAUAAGCACAAAAUUUCCAAAAUUAUUAAGUUAAAGGUGGAGGAUGAGAUGUUUGAGGUCAGGCUAGCGGAGGAAGAAUGGCGCGCCGACCCGGACUGGUGGUUGGCUGAUGAAGAUCGACGGGAUGCGCCGGAAACAGAAUCGGAGUCAGGUUCCGAAUUUUCCUCGUCGGUUAAUGGUGAGGAGGAUCAUGAAUUAAGGCUUGACGUGAUUCGCGGCACUGAUGAAGAUGACAGUGAUGAGGAGCGGUUACACGAGGAGGGAAUUUUGUAUUUAAACCCAGGUGAAGGACAGGCUGGCAACGAAGUGGGUAGAGAAAAGGAGGAUGGGCCAGAUGGGCCUGGAGUUGUAACGGGCUUGAAGGAGCCUUCGUGUGAAAGGCUAGAAGUUGAGAAGGGGAGAGGCCUGUGUGUAAGUGGGCUUGUAGUGCAGGAAACAGGGCACCCGGUGCAGCAGGAUAUGGGUAAAACAGGGGAUAUGUAAGAGACAGAGCAAAAAGAAAUUAGCUCUGCUCGGUUGUUGGGAAUUAGGGAUUUCAGAGAGAAAAGGAAAAAAGAUCUAAGAGAGUGCUAUUCGAAAGAAAAGGAAGCUAGCCGU